AUUUUAUUCUUCUUUCAAAUAGAUAUAAUAAUGGAGAAAGACCCUUCAACUACCUCAGAACAAAUCAAGAAGCCUAGAAAACGUUUUGUUGGUCGUGCUAAGAAAAAUGCCAACAUAGCAAAUAACGAGGCUGGCGCUAUUGAAGAUGGCGCUGUGGGUUUUGCAAGAGCACCAAGAGCACGUAGUGGUCGAGUUGCUAAUCAAGUGCCUGAUGAGAUUUUGAAUGAUCCUUUACUAAAUAAAGCAAUUGAAGCAAUCCCUUCAAAUUACAACUUUGAAAUCCAUAAAACUGUUUGGAGAGUAAGAAAGUCUAAUGCUAAACGAGUUGCUCUUCAGUUACCAGAAGGUCUUUUAAUGUUUGCUUGUCUAAUUGCAGAUAUUCUUGAAGUCUUUUGUAAUGCUGAAACUUUAAUUAUGGGAGAUGUCACAUAUGGCGCUUGUUGUGUUGACGAUUAUACAGCUCGAGCUCUUGGAUGUGAUUUCUUAGUUCAUUAUGGUCAUAGUUGUUUAGUGCCAGUUGAUGUAACUACUAUUGAAACACUAUACGUAUUUGUGGAUAUUGGAAUUGAUACGCAACACUUUAUUAAUACAGUAAAGAAAAAUUUUGAAAAAGGAAAAAGACUUUGUUUAGUGGGUACAAUUCAAUUUGCAGCUGCUUUACAAGCAUCUAAGGUACCUUUAGAAGAAGAUUUUUCAGUUAUUAUUCCACAAUCGAAGCCAUUAUCACCAGGUGAAAUUUUGGGAUGUACAUCACCCAAGCUAACAGAUGUUGAUUAUAUUGUAUGUAUUGGUGAUGGUCGAUUUCAUUUAGAAUCUAUUAUGAUUCAUAAUCCUGACAUACCAGCUUUCCAAUAUAAUCCUUAUGGUAAAACAUUUACUAGAGAAAGAUAUGAUCAUAACGAAAUGCACUCACUUCGCAAGCAUGCUAUUUCACAAGCAAAAGAAGCCAAGAAAUAUGGUCUUGUAUUGGGAACGCUAGGCCGACAGGGUAAACCACAAAUUUUAGAAUAUCUUGAACAAGCUAUUAAAGAGCAAGGAAAAGAUUCAGUUAAUGUAUUGUUAUCUGAAAUUUUUCCUGGUAAAUUAGAACAAUUCCAAGAUGUGGAUGCUUGGAUUCAAAUUGCAUGUCCCAGACUUUCUAUCGAUUGGGGAUAUGCGUUCCCCAAACCUUUACUCACACCUUAUGAAGCUUCUGUUGCACUUGGAAAAAGUACUUGGCAAGAAGUGUAUCCUAUGGAUUUUUAUGCUAAUGAUAGCUUAGGACCAUGGACUCCUAAUCAUGGUAGAGGCGCACCACGAAAGAGAAGAACAGCAUUAUCACAAAAUUAAAAUGAAAGAAAAAAAAGUAAUACAAUUUGUAUAUAUGUAUUAAAAUAAAUAGAGACUAUUUGUAUAAAA